AGUAAACAAAAAAAAAAAAAAAAAAACCUUUUGCCUCAGAGCAAACGUCAACUCAAGUAGAGGGCGAUAUCGUGGUGUUAUCGUGGUUGUGUUCAUGUAUUACUACAAUGUCAUCGGUUGAUUACCUGAGACAGUUUGUCAGCGAGCGGCUGACCGCUGCUGCUGAAGAAAUAUUCGUGGUUUUUGAACGAAUAAUCGUCGAGUACGAGGGAGAGAUGGACCGUCAGCGCAGACUGCUGGGUGUCGUUUUGAACCCCGAAAUAAAGUUGAACAGAAUAGAGCUCCCACAGCAGCAUGUCAGUACAGAGGAGGGUCCCGUUAAGCAGCGGCUCUGCAACCAGGAGAGGAAGUCCAGUCUGGACCAAGAGGAUCCACAGCCUCCACAGAUUAAAGAAGAAGAAGAAGAAGAAGAAGAGGAGGAAACAUCCAGCAGUCAGGAAGGAAAGCAGCUUGAACUGAAACAGGAGAUUGACACCUUCAUUUUUAACCCUCCUUAUGAUGAAAGUGACCACGGUGAGGCAGAUCUGAACGUACGCCAGGUGGACCGCUCUCGUGACGUGAAGAGCCAGAAUCAGGAAGAGGAUCAGUUUCAAGACUUUGAGUUGACAAGAAAUGAAGAGCAACAACCAGAGACCAGCUUGAGUCACGUUUUCAAUGUAUACAACUCUAACUUGCCAGAAAUCCACCCUGACACACACGCAGGUAAAAGGUCUUUCCAGUGUGACACGUGCGGUAAAGAUUUUUCAUGCAUGUCCAAAUUGCAACGGCACCAGAGGACCCACACGGGGGAAAAGCCGUACCUUUGCAACACCUGUGGCAAAGGGUUCUGUGACCUAUCGGUACUUAAAAGGCACAUGAGCGUGCACACUGGUGAGAAGCCGUGCUUUUGUCCGACCUGUGGCAAAAGAUUUAGCGACCUCUCGGUGUUGAGAAGGCACAUGAGCAUCCACACGGGUGAGAAGCCGUUCACUUGCAAAAUAUGUGGGAAAGAUUUCCGCCUCAGCAGCGUCAUGAAAGUCCACAUGAGAACCCACACGGGGGAGAAGCCGCACGUUUGCAAGACCUGCGGGAAACGAUUUUGCGAGCUUUCGGUUUUAGCGAAACACACGAGAGUCCACACAGGUGAGAAGCCGUUCACCUGCAAAACAUGCGGGAAAGAGUUCCGACAGAGCAGUUACUUGAUAGUCCACAUGAGAACCCACACGGGAGAGAAGCCGUACGCUUGCAAAUCUUGUGAUAAAAGAUUCAGCGACAUUUCGGUAUUAAUACGGCAUAUGAAAACCCACACAGGUGAGAAGCCACACCUCUGCAAGACAUGCGGUAAAGGAUUCAGCGACCUUUCAGUGUUGAAAACGCACGCGAGCAUCCACACGGGGGAGAAGCCGUUCACCUGUAGAGUAUGUGGGAAAGAUUUCCGACUCCGGUGCGUUUUGAAAGUCCACAUGAGAACCCACACAGGCGAGAAGCCGCACCUUUGCAAGACCUGCGGUAAAAGUUUUAGCGACCUGUCCGUUUUGAGGAGGCACAUGAGCAUUCACACGGGGGAGAAGCCGUUUGUCUGCCAGACAUGUGGGAGAGCUUUCCGACAUAACAGUUACCUGACAGUUCACAUGAGGACGCAUUCGGAGGAGAGGCCGUUUGUCUGCAAGACAUGCGGGAAAGAUUUCAGACACAUGAAUUCCUUGGUGAAUCACACGAAAACCCACACGGCUUAGAAUCAAUCCCCCCUGAAGCGGCUGCGGAAGAAGUAAUCUUCCUGCACUUCAACUGGCAUAGCAUACACAAUCACAUAAAGGCUUUGCAAUUGUUGAACAUGUGUGGAACUAUUUACUUCCCCUGUUUCACUGCUCAAACACAUACUGUACAAACUCACAGACAUGAACCUCAUGAAUGCGGCACUAGUGUGAAAAGUUUUACUCUGGUGUUUUCAAUGAACAUAUUUUCAAGGUCAUAUAUUAUGCAAAAUACACUUUACCAUGAUUUCCUAACACUAAUAUGUGUCCCUAGAUUGUCUACAAAUUAGGCUUGGGUGGUAUUAAGGUAUACCACGGUAUUUAGAAAUCCCAACGGUAUGACUUUUAAUGCCGUCGAAUAUACAAACGCUACUUUUUCUGUGAAACUGACGCAAAUACAGCGUAACAUGUUGAGGCGAGGAGUUGUAGUGCACAGCACGCGCCAGCAGGGGUCAUUCAACUGCACAUGAAUGAAUGAAACCUUUAUUGCCCCUAGGGGAAUUUGCUUUGCACAGAGCAUAAAAAAAACACAAUCUAAAUAUUUACAGGACAGCACAUAAGAACACAAAAAACACACUAAAGCGUCACAUGUUAAAAUCACCGGAGCGGUUCUUCUGUAAUUAUCUAGAUAUUGUCCGGAGUGCAUAUGUGAAAUUUAGGGGGAUUUAUAGACCUGAUCAAAUACAGGAUCAGAGUGGAUUUAUAAGAAGAAACUUCACAGACAUGUUUUGGGGAGCUCUGAGACUUAUUUUAACUGGUUGAAGAGGAGGAUCAUAUGUCACCUUUAAAUAAUCACUAUAAACAGGAAAGCUGAAACUCCUGUGGUUACAUGAUCACCUUCUGACUGAGAUGCACUUUUACAAAAUCUGCAACUUUGUAAUUAAUGUAAAAUGUUUACUAUAUUAACUGAAAUGUCAAUAUUCUAGCGUCAAUGUUCACUAAUCUUCAUCUCGUGUAUUUCAUAUACUCAUUUUUACAAAAUUGCAUUUCUGGGCAAUCAUUGAAAAUAUUAGUCAACUGGAUAACAAAGCAGUGUCUCUUUAAGUGAUGGUUUGAUCUAGAUGAUUUUUUUGGCCAUGCCAAUACAUAUCACAAUGACAUACUUUUAUAUCACAAAUAUAAUCCUAGUUGUUUAAACUUCUAUGAGGAUUUUUUGAAUAUCUAUGAUAGAAUAAUCUAUGAGGAACCGAAACUGUCAAUAUAUGUCUGAUGCCUCUACAUGACAACUGAGCAGUAACUCCUGUAGACACAUGUUCAUGAACUGGAAUACACUUUUUACAUUUGCAAUAUCUUUCUGAAUGAAUGUGCAUCAUGUAAAUGUAAAGUUUCUCUCCAUAUGACUGUAGCAGUAUGGAUUUCUUUUAAAGAGUAUUUCUAUGACAAUCAGAGUUUCAUUAAUAAAUGGACAUUUUAGGUUUUUUA